AAGGGGUAAAAUACUAGCAAUUCUUACGACAAAUUUUCUGAGAACUUUAGGGAAUCUUCCUACCACAUCUAAGGGCCCGGCGCUUAAGCUUGCACUGGGGCCCUUUCGAACUUAGCGACGCCGCUGUUUAGGCCCAAACAGUGACCACACUAUCAAAUUUUAUUUGACAAAUCGUUGUGAUGUGCCAAUAUCAUGCAAUAUGGACAUCACAAUCACGCCCGUAUAUUGGUUAUGAUUAUAUGACACCUAAAUAUUAUGGGAAUAUCAAAUUUUAAUUGUCAAACAGAAAAUAGUAGUGUAAAUACAGCUCUAUAUUAUUUUACUAUACUCUGCAUCAAAAUUAAUAAAAUGUAAACAUUAAUUGAAAAUUAUUUUUAUAUUAAAUACAGACAAGACGGAGAAAGAAGUGUGGUGAUUGCUGCCCAAGUGAAUGCAAUGCCGAUUUCGACUGCAGCUCCUUGCAUACCAGAGAAGACGAUUGUGUUCUUAAAAACGCAUAAAACAGGAAGCUCCACGCUUACAUCCAUACUUCAACGCUACGGAUACCUCAGAAAUCUCACCUUUGCUGUUCCAGAAAAAUCUCAUGUUAUUAGUCGUGGUUACUUUAUGAAAGCACAGGUUGGUUCAGGCAAGUUUGAUAUGCUGGUAAAUCAUGUGAGAUUCAACAAACCUGAAAUGCAGAAAGUGAUGAAGCCAGGAGCCAAGUAUAUCACCAUUUUACGAGAUCCAAGGACGCAACUUGAAUCCGUUUUGGGGUAUUUUUUGCUGUUUAAGAGUAUGAAUCUCAGAGAAGCUGAUGGUUUCGCUAAAUUUGUAUCCAAUCCUUAUUACUACUAUAAUAAAUGUUCUUCCAGCUUCGCCAAUUAUCUACGAAAUCCAAAUUUAUAUGAUCUUGGUCUCCAACCUAAUCAACAGAAGAAUAAAACGCUUGUAAACUUAUUUAUUCAGCGUAUUUCCAGAGAUUUCGACUUGGUUUUGAUUAACGAAUAUUAUAAUGAAUCCUUAUUAUUGCUGAAAAAACUACUCUGUCUUUCAUUUGAGGAUAUAUUGUACAUACCAAAGGGAAUUCGAAGUGAUAAGCGACGUUAUACAAUUUCAAAUAAUGCACGUGAAUCUAUCAAUAGGUGGUGUUGGGCAGAUGCUUUACUUUAUGCUCAUUUCAACAAAACAUUCUGGGAAAGAGUGAGAGAUUAUGGUCCUAGAUUUCAGGAUGACCUGAGAUAUUUUGAACGCAAGUUGAAGGAUACGAUAUUAAACUGUACGAUAGCCAACAAAACGCAUGAUGAUAUUAAACACCGCGGAAGUGACUAUAUUAUGAACCCAAAUGGUGAUAACAGUUGUAGUCUACUAAUGAAAUCAGACUCAAAAUUUACUGGCAUUAUUCGUGCAAGACAAACAAAGAAAACGAAAAAAAAAAAAAUUAAAAACACGACCUAGUAGGCGUGAACAAAAAACAAACAAAAAAAACCUCCCUCCCUAACAUGAAAAUUGAUAACAUAAGGAUGCUAACCAAUUUUUAUUUUUAUUUUACAUGCCCAAAUAAUGCAAUACAGUAACGUGUGUAUUUUAUUGACUUUACUAUUCUCAUGUGCAUAGGUGAAAAUCAUAGAUUAGGACAAAUGACAGUAUCAGUCAAUGUACGCAUUUGUGUUUUGAUUAGAUGCUAUUUUAGCAGUGUCAUGCUUGGCACAGCUAGGAUUGUACAGGCUACAAACACAUUCCCACUGAGCAUGAUCUUAUAUUUCUACCUUUCAACAACCAUGAACAAAGUAUAUCCAUGGAGAAGGAAAAUUUUCUUCCUCCAUGGUAUAUCUGAGCAGCUUAGCUCCGUCGGCGGCUAAUCUGAUGGUAGCCACUGCGUGUGCGCUGAACCAUGGAGAUCUCUAGGUCCCCGGUUCAAUUCCCAUUGUUGCCUCUCCUGGUGUUUCAGCUGGAGGGCUGAUAAACAAGUUACAAUAGUGCACCGUCUUUCGGAUGAGACGUUUAAGCCGUUGGACGUUUACCGUUAGAGACAAAAGUCUUCCAGACUUUCAUAAGCUAUCCUUGGUUACACCGAAUAAAUCCAAUCCAAUAAAAAAAAAUUACGGUUCCAAAACUUAAAUAUUUUCUUUCUAUUCAGAAAACAAGUGUUUAAUGUUAGUGCGUUCAAAAUUAAUCAUUUUCCUCAAUAGGCCUAUGAUAAAUAUUAGACUAGUUGUUGAAAUUAUUUUAAUUCAUUUAAAAUAGGCCUUUUAUUGAUUUUGAUCAGCAAUUCCUGGAUAACAAUAUUCAUUUCCCCCCCCCCCCAAAAAAGGUCCCACAUCUAGUUUUUUUUUUCAACAUUCAGGUGGGGUGGUCACACGAAACAGGUAUUUUUUUUUAUUUGGAAUUAUUAAAUUUAUCAGGAAUUGAAAAUAUGAGGUAAAAUCUUUAAAAAAAAACCCCAAAAAAAAAAAAAACCAACAAAAUAUUAAAAUGAAACAUUGAAUUGUGGUCAUUUAAUAAUAACUGUUUGACGCAUGUUGAAACAUUUUACUACCAGAUUCGUUAUAAUUCUUUCAAAUGAAACGCAAUGACUUUAAAAAGUGUAGUGGUGGGGCGGAUAUGUGAUAUUUUUUGGUCAAGAUGUGUACUCUGGAAAGAAGCAUGAAAACUUUGUCCUAGGGGGGUUUUUUGAGUAUGCUGAUUCCAAAAAUUGCAGGAACCACGUCACUCCAACCAUAGAGAAAAUAGAACUUUCUCUAUGCUCCAACCGUUCCCGCCGAAAAUUUAAAAAAAAGAAGAAAUGAAGAUAGGCUCGGUGGUUUUAGGCUGACUACAUUAAAAAAAAGGCGCCACCGAGGUGACGUGAUAGACAUUCAAAAUCUUGUCUAAUAUUAAGGAAGAUGUUGACAGUGACAUAUUCUUUCAAAGAUUUUUUUUUCAGUUACUAUACUAGAGGUUGUAGGUAUGAUAACUUGAACAAGAAAUAUGCUUGUCUAAAUUGCCAUAAGCAAUUUUUUACUCAAAGCUAAUAGAGGGCCACAUCAGGCCUACCAGUCUCCUUCACCAGUCGUUUAGAGUGAUGUACGGUGAGUUUUGUGCAUUGAUUCCAAAUCCAAAUGAACUAUUUGCAUGGACAAUUUUAUUUUUAUUCAAAAAUACUCUCAUAUACAGAACGUCUUAUCACUGAAUUACCAAGGCAUUCUACUCUUAAAAUCGGUGAUAUCCUUACAUGCAUUACCUACCAGAGGUUUAGCGUUGUAUGUUGCAUUGUAUAAGCCUUUUGAUAUCAGAUACGAAAAUAAUGAGUUUAAUGUUUAUAUUCAGAUAGAGUAUAUUAUUAGAUUUAUUUUGAUCAUUGAAUAAAGUUCAGAAGUUACAAUUA